UGCUGUGUUACCUGUUUUGACUUUGUCUUCAUUCGGGAUUACAUUUUGCCUGCUGUAUCCAGGACUUCUUUUUUUUGUAUUUUUGUGUUUGAAAUUAAAUCCUCAAACAAUCCAUUGUUUUCCGUCUCUGCAUUUGGGUCCGCAUUCUCUGAAUCUGUAACAAGGGAGGAACGCUGAUAGUCCAUUUUGUACAGACUCCAUUUUAAACCCCGACAGAGCAGGAGGAAAACAGGAAGUCUGAGGUGGGGUGAGUUUCCUUUACUUCUUGAUUUAAUCUGCUGAUUUAUCCCCAAUGUUUUACAUGGUUUACCUUCCAGAUUUGGUAAAAUGAGUGAUUUGGAGGAAGAGUAGGACUCUCUGUCCAUGAAGAGUGACUUUUCCAAAGAGGAACCUCCUUUCUUCAGUAACAAACCAGGACCCUCAGACACAAACUCAUUUAUUUAUUUUAAUCCCAGACAUGGGAGGACGCUCCAGCUCUCCUGACCCCCCACCCUCUCCUCUUUUCAGUGAACCUUGGAGGACAAUAAACUGGGAAGACAAACAGAGACAGAGUGAUCUGCAGCAUGUGAAGGACUAUAAACCUCAGACUGUCGGCCAGCAGCUCAGGAUUCUUCUUCAUGGACCAGUUGGAGCUGGAAAGUCCAGUUUCAUCAACUCUGUCCUAAGUGUCUUACACGGCAGAAUGUACAGACAAGCUUUGGUGGAAAACAACUCUCGCGGCUGUUUCACCAAAAAGUACACAACCUACAAGAUUCAAAAAGGCCCACAGACCUUUUACCCUUUUGUCUUUAAUGACAUCAUGGGCCUGGCCAAGGAAGGUGUCCCUGUGGACGAUGUCAAACUGGCUUUGAAGGGACACGUGAAGGAAGAUUAUGCGUUUAAUCCUGAAUCAACGUUGUCGGUGGAUAAUCCAUUCUACAACAACCAUCCGACUGCCAACGACAAAGUGCAUGUUCUGGUUUGUGUCGUUCCUGCCAACACAGUAGCUAACAUGAAACAGGAAACUGUGGAUAAGAUUCGCAACAUCAGGAUGGAAGCCAGUAAACUGAGUAUUCCUCAAGUGGGCAUUCUCACCAAGAUUGAUGAGGCCUGUCCUGAAAUCAAAAACGAUUUGAGGAAUGUCUACAAGGCCAAGUACAUUAAGAACAAGAUGGAGCAGUUCAGUGUAAAUGUGGGAAUUCCCAUGAACUGCAUCUUCCCUGUGAAGAACUACCAUGAAGAAAUCAACCUCAACAAUAACAUUGACUCACUGAUCCUGAGCGCCCUGACAAACAUCAUCAACUUAGGAGACGACUGCAUCAACAUGGGGUCUAGCUGUACCUCUGAGGACAGUGAUUGAAAAGCGCUUCCUCCGGACUUCAAUAUUAAACCUACACCCCCAUAUGCAAAAUAAAAAGAUUCUGUUGUUGUUGUUGUUUCAAGAGUCAUACAGUAUACUGGUUCAAGGUACAGCUUUAUUGCACAAUAAAAUGCUGUUGUAGUUGUAUCUGGACGGCUCUGAUCCUCCACCUGGGAUUUAUGUUGUCUGUUAUUCAGUCAAAUAAUCUAAACUCAGUGUGACUCUGUAGAUUUGUUCUAUCUAUGACCACAUAACUGCAAAUGAACACAUAUAAAUGUAUAUUUCCAUAGAUAUACAGUAUCUAUGUAUAUUUGUCUUGCUUUCUGCUGCAGCUCCACCCUGUGGAAGAAUAUUGUAUUACAGUUCAUUUCCACAUAGAGGAUCUUUGACUGUAUAUCAUAGGCUACUCAAACUGAGCUUGGCAAGACUACUUUUUCAUU